AUGGCAAAAGAUAAACCAGGUACCUGCCGCAUCUGCUUCCGCCACUACGCCUACCUAUGGGACCACGUCAAGAAAAACCACCUACACCUCCAUGUCCCCCUCUCUACCCUCGCCCAUAUGGGCUUCACCGCCUGCCCUACCUGCUACCAGCCCUGCCAAACCUCACAUGGCAUCAAAUCCCACCAACCGCUCUCCUACCCCUCGCCAAACGGCACCUCCUAUGGCUCUCCUAACGAGUCCACCAUCGGCCUCCUCGAGGACCUAGCCUCAAACCUACCUAGCGGCCAUAGCUCACCGGCCCAAAGCGAGAUCCACGUCCGAGACGGCCCCCGAAACACUAGUAGUGCCUACUCUCCUACACCCUCUCCUACACCCUCCUCUCCUACACCCUCCUCUCCUACACCCUCCUCUCCUACACCCUCCUCUCCUACACCCUCCUCUCCUACACCCUCCUCCCCUAGUACACCGGCACCUCCCUCUUACUCACUAGGGACCCAGGGGCCUACUAGCCCUAUCUACGGAGACGAACAUACACCACCGCCACCAGAUGUUGCAGACAUACCUAUAGGCCUAGGCCAAGACCGGUAUAACACCUACCAGCCCCGAAACAAGUAUCUACAACAGCUAUUUGGAUACAACCACGUACAGGCAAAGGACCACACCUUCCGUGGCAGCCAAGCCGCUAGCUUUGUGGCCGCCGCGGCCAGACUUCCUACUACUACCGAAGGCUGGCCUUACCUAGGCAUCCAAUCGGAGGAGUUUAGCACCCAAUACGUCCUACAGCACUACCCGGACCUAAUGCUACCCCCGCCAAGCCGCGUAGAAACCGAUAGGGCCCAGGAAUUUCUAGGCCAGCCAGACAACCGCCGGGAUACCCCCGCUCUAGAGCCCAAAGACUGGACCAUAGGAUCACAAGGACUCCUGGCAAGAUUCCAAGACAUUGACACAAGACUCCUAGAAACCAUAAAACACCUUCAAGGCUCAGAGGAUAGAAGACCACUAGACCAGGACCUAGUAGCCCUCCCUACUAGGCUAGGAGGCCUAGGAAUACCUCUCUACGCGGAAGUGGCCGAGCUAGCCUUCCAAAACUCACAGGCUAUAGCAGACAUCACCCUACAGAGGAUCCUACCGCCAAAACUCUUCUGGCGCCUACCCCGAGCACCCUCGCCAGCCCCUAGCAACACUAGUAUGGAAGGCCACCCCCAGACUAGCUAUAGGCCUACACAAGGCCAAGAAGGCAACCUACAAGAGGACGGCCUAGAAGGGGACAUAGACAAGGCCACAGAAGAGGACACACAAGGUCUAGACGAACAAACCACUCUAGGAAGCCAGGAGCAAGAACAGGUACAAGAACAGGAACAGGAUCACUCCCAGGACCGCGAACACCAACAACUAGACCCCACUAGUACUGGCCCUGCUAGAACCAUCUACCGAGCUGCAAUAGACAAGCUCAACAGAGCUCGACUGGCUAGAGUACAGCAGAAGCUCUCUUUACAGCAAGAGAACGUACGGAUCGAGAACUCAGCCUUCCUAGGCCGGAGAUGGCUAUCCGCAAUGCCUACCUCACAGCCCCUUCUACUCUCGGACAUGGACGUAGCCGCAGCACUUUCUAUUCGGCUUCUUACAUCCCCUGAAGAAGGCCAGGACAUCUGUAGACACUGUGAUAGGGCCUAUACCUUCGCCCACGAAGACGCCUGCCGUGCUAGGACUAGACAGACAAUUGUCAAACAUAAUAAGGUGUGCCAGGCGUUGACUACGGCCCUACAGACCGACCCACAAAACAAAGUCACCCUAGAGCCACAAGGAGACUACCGAGGAAUCCGGACAGACAUUAGAAUCGACAACCCUAAGGGAACCACCUACCUAGAUGUGUCCAUCAUUUCCCUAGGUAAGGAAACCGCUAGGAAGGACCCUAAUAGCACCCUAUCGGCCGCGGAAAGGGCUAAGAAGCUCAAAUACCAAACCCUAGGCCGAGCUUUUAAGCCGUUUAUCCUUAGCCAAGGAGGCCUUCUAGGAAAGGAGACCUCACAAACCUACAAAGAAUUCCAAAGUCCCUUGACCGCUCUCCUACCCUCGCCAAACGGCACCUCCUAUGGCUCUCCUAACGAGUCCACCAUCGGCCUCCUCGAGGACCUAGCCUCAAACCUACCUAGCGGCCAUAGCUCACCGGCCCAAAGCGAGAUCCACGUCCGAGACGGCCCCGAAACACUAGUAGUGCCUACUCUCCUACACCCUCCUCUCCUACACCCUCCUCUCCUACACACCCUCCUCUCCUACACCCUCCCUCUCCUACACCCUCCUCCCCUAGGGCCUACUAGCCCUAUCUACGGAGACGAACAUACACCACCGCCACCAGAUGUUGCAGACAUACCUAUAGGCCUAGGCCAAGACCGGUAUAACACCUACCAGCCCCGAAACAAGUAUCUACAACAGCUAUUUGGAUACAACCACGUACAGGCAAAGGACCACACCUUCCGUGGCAGCCAAGCCGCUAGCUUUGUGGCCGCCGCGGCCAGGUGUGCCUCUAGAUACACACGCCAACCUACCGAGAAACACCUGCUAGACUUCCUACUACUACCGAAGGCUGGCCUUACCCUAGGCAUCCAAUCGGAGGAGUUUAGCACCCAAUACGUCCUACAGCACUACCCGGACCUAAUGCUACCCCCGCCAAGCCGCGUAGAAACCGAUAGGGCCCAGGAAUUUCUAGGCCAGCCAGACAACCGCCGGGAUACCCCGCUCUAG